AUGGAAGCAUCCAGUAUGUCAUUGGAAAUAAGUGAGGAUCAGUUCAUCUGUUCAUUCUGUCUGGAUCUCCUUAAGGAUCCUGUGGCUAUUCACUGUGGUCACAGUUACUGUAUGGGCUGUAUUAAGGGCUACUGGGAUCAGGAUGAUCAGAAGGGAGUCUACAGCUGCCCCCAGUGCAGACAGACCUUCAGUCCAAGACCCGUUCUAUGUAAAAAUGCCAUAUUGGCUGAAAUGGUGGAGAAACUGAAGAAGACGAGACUCCAAGCUGCUGCUCCUCCUCCUCACUGUGACACCAGAGAUGUGGAGUGUGGUGUUUGUACUGAGUCAAAACUCAAAGCCAUCAAGUCCUGUCUGGUGUGUCUGGAUUCCUACUGUCAAACUCACUUUGAACAACAUGAAAAUCUGUUCAAAGGGAAGAGACACAAAGUGAUUGAUGCCACUGGAAAACUACAAGACCAGAUUUGUCCUCAUCAUAACAAACUAAGAGAGCUUUGGUGUCGAACUGACCAACAGUUCAUGUGUUAUCUGUGUCUGGUGGAUGAACACAGAGACCAUAAAACAGUAUCAGUGGCAGCAGAGAGGACUGAAAGACAGAAGCAGUUGGGAAAAACUCAGAGCAAAACCCAGCAGAGAAUCCAGGAGAGAGAGAAGGAGGUGCAGGAGCUGAGACAGGCUGUGGAGUCUCUGAGGCGCUCUGCACAGGCAGCAGUGGAGGACAGUGAGAGGAUCUUUACUGAGCUGAUCCAUUUUAUUGAGAGAAGGUGUCAUGAGUUGACAGAGCUGAUCAGAGAUCAGGAGAAGACUGAAUUGAGUCGGGCUGAAGGAGUACUGGAGCGACUGGAGCAGGAGAUUUCUGAUCUGAGGAGGAGAGACACUGAGCUGGAGCAGCUUUCACAGACAGAGGAUCACAUCCAUUUCCUCCAGACUUUUCUGUCUCUCUGUUCCCCUCCUGGAUCUGAAGACUUACCCAGCAUCACUGUCAGUCCACACCUCUCUUUUGAGGAUGUAGGAAAAUCUGUCUCUCAGCUGGAAGAGCGACUGGAGGAUUUCUGUAAAGAGGAGUUUGGAAGCCUUUAUGAUAAAGUGACAGAGACAAAUAUUGAGGAAAUUCAUCCUCCUGAACCCCAGACCAGAGAAGAGUUCCUACAAUAUUCUUGUGAGCUCAAGCUGGAUCCCAACACAGCACAUGAAUAUCUCUGUCUGUCUGAGGGGAACAGAAGUGUGAGCAACACUGGGAAAUUCCAGUCAUAUCCUGAUCAUUCAGACAGAUUUGACACAUAUCUCCAGGUGUUGUGUAGAGAGAGUGUGUCUGCACGCUGUUACUGGGAGGUUGAGUGGAGUGGGUAUGAUGAAGGUAUAGCAGUGUCAUACAAAGGCAUCAGCAGGAAAGGACGAGGUAAUGAGUGUGGGUUUGGACUUAAUGAUCAGUCCUGGGGUUUGUUUUGUAAUUAUGAUGAUGAUGAUGAUGAUGAUGAUGAUAAUUAUAAUUAUGAUGAUAUUAAAUGGACAGUAUCAUUCAGACACAAUAAUGAAAAGACUAAACUCCCCUUUGACAAGCGUACUUUUAGAAUAGGAGUGUAUGUGGACCACAGGGCAGGAACUCUGUCCUUCUACAGUGUCUCUGACACAAUGACCCUCCUCCACAGAGUCCACACCACAUUCACUCAGCCCCUCUAUCCUGGGUUUAGGGUCAGAUCAAAGGUGAGGUUAUGUCACCAUCCAAAAUGA